AUGGGUACCUGGCAAGCAAUAUGUGCUGUCUUCAUAUUCAUCGUUGGCACCCUAUGCCUUGCGGCGCCAAGGCUAAAACUCCCAGCAUCCUCCUUACCAGCGGCUCCACCAUCAACCUCCGGCCGACGACUCAAUGUCUCUCGAUCAUCCAAUACCACAAACAUAGACUCCGUGCGGCGCCUUCCCCGACCCCCGGGGUUUUCACCUUUUGGUCAGCCUUAA